AUGAAACUGGUUAUUAUUGUACCGCUUUUCGUUGCGCUCUUAUGUGUCACUGCAGGUAUGUGUAAGUCAGUCGUAAAAAUCAAUUCGGUGUUCAAAUCUCGAUGCCGCUUCUCUAAAAUUUUACCCGGAGCCUGGAUUGUUUAGACUGGUCUCUCUUGCUUUCUUGGUUAUAUUUUGAAACACGCAAAGCUCACUCCAAGCAAAAGAGAAAUGACCAAGUUUUCAAAGAGUAAAACUGAGUACUUCAAGUCAAGAUCAGGGUAGAAAAUUCAUUAAAUCUGGCUUUCAAACUCAACGAUAUAACCAAAAAAAUUGCCACAAUUGAAAGGUGUAGGCCGGGUCGCUUUACGUCUCCUUAGUAAAGGCAGAAUCUUAUGCCUCAGAAGCCCGACUACGUGCAAACAAUCUGAGUGAUUCAAAUGACAACAGUACGUAUAGGUCGGGACAAUACGUACACUGGUUUAUAUGUCUACGCUUUUGAUUUUACGAAAUUUAACAAAAGAUACUUGCAACGCGGAUGACACACAACAAAAUCACGCGCUCACUGGGAUGGGUGUAGUCAGCCUUCCUUGAAAUAACGGGUUGGAAGUACAUUUGUAACUCUUGCACUGAAAAGGGUAAUUUAUCGACACAUUAGAAGAAAAUUUUUUCUCACGAGUUUUUUUUAAAUUGUGGGUCUAAUUUCUUUUUCAGCUCGGUCAGAUAAUAAACACAAGAGAAGUGCCACUGAUAUCGCUUUUCGAAUAACUGGUAAGGAACUGACCAAUUUUCUUCAUUUUCCGGUAUUUUAUUUUUGUAUUUUCAGAUCACAAUUUUGUACUUUGUAGUACAGUAACAGGCUAUAACCAAUUCCAUUUUUUCAUCACCAAUUAUAUAGGUCCCUGUCCCAGUGGUUGGACGCAUUUCAAAAGCUACUGUUACUUUGUGAGUAGCGCAGUCAAAAGUUGGCAAGCUGCUCGAACGUACUGCAAAAGCAAAGGCGGAGAUCUUGUGAAGAUCAACAGCGAUGAAGAAAACGAGUUUGUUCUGAACUUGGUUUAUAAACACGCCCCGUCGAUGAAACAGGUUUGGAUCGGACUGAAGUGGGACGCGCUGAUAAGCAAGUUUAUCUGGGCUGACAACGCGCUUCCAAAAUACACCAACUGGAACCGUGGUGAACCGAACGGAAAAGCAUCAGAACCAUGCAGCAACAUGUGGACUGGAAAGGACCAUGGAGCGAAUGGUUAUUGGAAUGACCUCGCCUGCUUGAAUCGUGCGUACCCCUGUGGUCUUGUCUGCAAGAGGCUACCCUAG